AUGGCAAUGACAGUGGAUGUAUGUGCUUGCCUCUCGCAGCACAAAACUACGCUGCUGCGCGAGUUGUGUGAUACAAACGUGCUAGAUGUUCUAGUGAAAAAGGGUUUAUUCAACGUAAACGAUCUAGAAGUUAUUACGAGUGCAGUGGGCAAUGAUAAAUGCAAUUAUUUUAUAGACGUUGUUAGUAAACAAAGCGGUGUGAAGUUACAAGAAUUGUGUGCUGUGUUGGACAACGAAUGCCCAAAACUUGCUAAGGAACUCAUGAAUGAUCGACGGAAUAGUCAAAUCUGCAAAUGUUUGACGGGGACCAUACCGCAAGCCACAGUGCCCAAGCGGGCAAGUAGUUCGUCUCGGUUUGAGUCAUUCGAUGUCAAGGCCAAGUAA